CCAAAAGUUUCGGGAUUCUUGGCUUCAGGACCCACAUUUAAAAGAUUGGCUUCAAGUAAUUGAAAGAUGGCUUUUCCCAUGUCUCAAGUGCCAUAACAUUUCAUUUCAAACUUUAUGUCUCUGAGAAUUCGACAACAAAUGGGCUUUGUUACUUUUUAUUGUCAACCACUUAUUAUAAUUUAUGAUCGUAACGAAUUGUUUUAAACAUCAUUUAUUUUUAUUUAAUUGUCACUAAACUUAUAACAAUUUGUUCAUUUUGAUUAAUUUGAAUAUCUAAUAUUUGUCGCUUAAUCCGCCAAAAGCGACAUCAGGUGCUAAUUUUGACACAACAGAAAUAAAGUUAGUGGAAAGUUUAUUGCUUUUUUGAUGGUGCUAUUUUUUUUAGUGGAUUUCUAGUAGUUUUAGAGGUCGAUUCUAGUGGGGAGCUUGAUACGUCGUUGGCAACACUGGUCAUUUGUCAUUACAUCAAAUGACAUUUUCAUUUGUCGCUGACGUAAACGUAAAUAGAAAAAUAUUUAUACUGGUGGCUUGUUUGAAAAAUUUAAAUUAAAAAGUUUUAUUACCGCAAAAUAUGUAUAAAGGUAAAUAAUAAAUUACAACUGAAAAUAAACUACAGAAACGCAGUUCAUCUACAAGUAAAAGGCCCUCGAGCAAGGUACGAAAGUAGGUGACCAUGUCGCGCCAAGUUGAUGUGAAUCUUGUUCAUUUAUUUGACGGAUUAGGUCUCGAAGGAGAAGAAAAUGAUUUUUGUGACUUUACAAUAGCCGAUCAGAACUCGGUUGCUGAAUCUCAAGGUAUUACCCCUACCACGCCUUCCAAUUUUAAACCGGUACUUGGUAGCAAUGUCACCUACGUAGUCGCAUGUGUGAUUAUUAAUGAGCGGAAUGAAGUUCUAAUGAUGCAAGAAGCUAAGGAAAGUUGCGCUGGUAAGUGGUACUUGCCCGCAGGUCGUAUGGAGAAAAACGAGACAAUAAUUCAAGCUGUUAAAAGAGAAGUUUUGGAGGAAACAGGUCUUCAAUGUGAGCCUAAAACACUUUUAGUUGUAGAGACAGCAGGGGGUAUGUGGUACAGGUUUGUGUUGACAGGAGAAAUAGUGGGUGGUGAAUUGAAAACUCCUGCAAAAGCAGAUAAGGAAUCUCUACAAGCCAAAUGGAUAGCAAAUUUGCAAGAAAUUACUCUAAGAGCAAAUGAUAUUGUGCAUCUGAUAGAAAAAACUCAGAUGUAUAUGCAGAAAAAAUCAAGUGGAUUAUGGCAUCAAGAAAUAUUGCCUGCUCCAAUUCCCCACAUAAAAGACAUGUUGAGGUUGAUUAUUGUUAUAAAAAAGAGAAGUUCAAAUAGGUUGCAUGUUCUGUUGAGUGAAAAAAAUACUAUACAUUUUCCAACAUGUGAAAUUAAUCCAGCAAAAAGUGUGCAUUCAACCUUGAGAAGAUUUAUGGUAGAAAUGUUUGGGGCAGAUGUGGGACAACAUCGCCCAUUGGGGCUGCUUAAUGUGGAGGCAGACCCUUCUUGUGAUGGCUGCUGUCUCACCUUGCUUGUAGCAUUUCGAGCACCGCUUGAAGAAGUACCUUUGAUUGGUAAAUGUGUCUGGCAUGAAGUGUCAAGAGAUAUUGAAAAUAAGUUACUUUCUGUGAUAUCCACAAAAAAUUCUACACUUGAACUUAAUGUUAUUCGUUAAUUUUAAAGUUUUUCGUUUUUUUUUAAAGAAAAUAAAAUGGAAAUUAUGUAAAAAAUACUCAUUUGUUAUAACUAUGCAUUUUUUGUAGGUAUGAAUCUCAUAAAUGGAUAAAAAAUUUUGUUCCCUUGAGUACAAACUGGUUUUAAGGUAAUGAAAAUAAUGCUGCUGUGGUAUAACUAAAAUGCCGUUAUCUGGCAAAUUCUUGUUUUAAGUAAAACGUCAAAAAAAUGCGGUAAAAAUUUAAACCGUGCCAUUCAUCUAUGAGAACGCCUAUUUAUGACUUAAAGGUACCGGUAAAAGUCGUAUAUACAGAUCGAAAGAGAUUUUUUUCUUAUUCUACUGGUAAAAAGUAGAAAAUCGCCCUGAUGACAGAUAACAGCAUUUUAGUUAUACCACGGCAGAAUGUGUGUCCAUACAAUGGACUUGAAAUACAUGUAUUUUGCAAUUGUUAGGUGAUUUUGAUAGAGACAACUUUAGAUCUUGAUUUGAACACCAUUGAUUGUAGGUCACUGCAUAAGGAAUGUCAACAUUUUUAUUAACUUUGUAAUAAGAGUGUAUUAAAAAGUAAUCUGCAUCAGACAAAAUAUUUUUCUACAAAUUAUUAAUUUCUACUGCUCUCAAUUCAAUUAGAUGAUAUUUGAGCUUUUUGUAGCUAUAAAAUUCUGCUUUAAAAAUAAAAAUUAGUGGUGAGAUAUUGUAAAAAAUAUGUAUAAGGGAUAUGGGAUAUACUGUUUACUUGACUAACCUUUUACUAACGAUUUAUCUAAAAAUCAUCAAUGACAUAUAUAUUAUAUAUGACAUGUAUUAUAAACAUUCCAUUUUAAUUUCAUAUUAGCAGAUAGAAUGGUUGUAUUUUUUUUUGGAAUUGAAGGCUUUAAACUAUAACCAAUGUUAUAUUCUAUAGUAAUAUGUAAUGAACUAGAACUAAUUAUUGUUACUAUUGUAAUGGUAUGGGUUGGUUGUUAUUAUUGUAACCACAAAAAUGUAUAAUUUGAAAUUUUAUUUAAUAAAUAUUUACUUAGACAA